AUGAACUUAGUUUUUCAUCCUAUUAAAAAAUUCAAAGAUUACAUUUUAUUUAUUGGUUUUCAUCGUUUAAUUCUAUGUUUCAUUACUCUAUUAUUUCUUUUUUCUACUUUUGGUCUAUCUCAAUUUCAAUCACCGCAGUUUAUCACAUCGACAUAUAAAUAUAUAAAUAAAACAUUAAAUUCUAUUCUUCAAAGAAAUCAAAUAUCUCAAUUAGCUAAAAUUAUUGUUGUAUCACAUUUUAAUGAAAAUUUAGAUUGGCUCGAUUUACUUGUUGAUGAUCAAAUUUCAUGUAUUGUUUAUACACGAUCAUCUAAACCAUUACCAUACCAACAUAAGUUUGUAAUUAAUAAAGGCAGAGAAGCUGUAGUCUAUCUUCAAUAUAUUGUUGAUCAUUAUUCAAAUUUACCCUUAUCAAUAGCUUUUGUUCAUGCACAUCGUACAUCUUGGCAUCAAAAAAAUCCAUCAGAUAUUGUUAUUGCAUUACAAGCAUUACAAUGGAAUAAAUAUAAUUAUAUGCCAUUAACUAGUGAAAAGACUCGUUAUGAAUUUAAACCGAUUUCAGUCGAUCCUCAAGUAAAAGUUAAUUAUGAAUUAUGGCAAGCUGUUUUACAAAAAGAACUUGGUCCUCCACCAGAAAAUGGAAUAAACGCACAUUGUUGUGCAACAUUUGUUGUUAAAAGAGAAGCUAUUCUUGCUCAUCCAAAAAUAUUUUACUCAAAUAUCAUGAAUUAUAUUCUUGCUAGUUCAUAUUCGGAUCAAUUGACAGGUAGAACACUUGAAUAUACUUGGCAUAUGAUCUUUGGUCAACCAGCACAUAUUAACUAUAGAACAUGUGAUAUAUUUAUAUGUGAUUCAAACGGAAUGGUUUCUGUUCCAUUGGAUAGAAAAAAAAAACUCAAUAAUUAA